CAGAAUUGUCCACUUACAACUGCAGCUUCCUCCCGUCCCCCGCGAACCUUGCUGUCCCACUCCGUCAUCUUAUCGCACGAUAAGAGCUUGGGUCGAGUCCAUCACCAGGUCGUCCAUCAUCGCAUCAACACUUGCAUCAAUUCAGUCCGUCCCACCUUCCAGUUCCACCCUCUCAACUCCUUUUUAACCAUCCCUCCAAUCUGUUGCAAGAUCAAUUGAUACCUCACACAAACAUAAUCCCGGAAGCAGACCACACAAUGGCCUCAACAACCACAGACCCAACGCCAGCCACCCAGUAUGGCGGCAACAACAACCCCAUUGCCCGCGGCGCCCUAAUAGUCAUCGAGGGACUCGAUCGCAGCGGCAAAACGACCCAAGUCAAGCUUUUGGAGGACCGCUUUCUGAAAGCCGGGAAAAAAGUCAAGACCAUGCGAUUUCCCGACCGAACCACGCCCAUAGGCCAGAUGAUCGAUUCGUACCUCAAGUCGCAGGCGCAAAUGGACGAUCAUGUUAUUCACUUGCUGUUUAGUGCCAAUCGAUGGGAGGCUGUAAAGAAAAUCACCUCGGAACUAUCCCAAGGCACCACCCUCAUUCUCGACCGCUACUACCACUCGGGCAUCGUCUACUCGGCCGCCAAACAAAACCCUUCCCUCUCCUUAUCCUGGGCGCGCGCCCCCGAAAUCGGUCUCCCGCGUCCCGACCUGGUCCUCUUCCUCGACCUCGACGAAGAACAAGCGCGCUUGCGCGGCGGGUGGGGCCACGAGCUCUACGAGAAAGCCGAGAUGCAGCGCCGAGUAAGGGAGUUGUUCUGGGGAUUGUCGCUGGGGAGGGUGGGGACGGUGACGGUGCCGGUUGGUGGUGUUUCGGCCUUGGGUGGUGCUGGGACGGGGGGUGAGAAGAAACGGGGUGGGGAGGAGGUGAAUAAGAGGGAAGCGGUCAUGCUUGCCGAAGGACCAACGGAGAUGGAAGAGGUGGCGGUUGGAGCGCCGACGCCACUGGCUGGGGCUGCGGGCGGUCCGCAUAUUGAUAGGGAGUAUGCGUUUAGGCAGGAGGAGGAGGAUUUGCAUGUUAUUGAUGCGAGCGCGAGCGUGGAGGAGGUGGCGGAGGAGUUGUGGAAGGUGGUGAGUGCGAGAGUAGACGCGGUGGAGAGGGGGGAGGUUGGCAAGGUUGUGAGGAGGGUGUUGUGAUGGACACGAUGUUUUCUUGGGCGUUCGGCGAUUGGGUGUGUUAGCUGUUGGAUCAUAUGAUACCGAGAUCAAAAAGGACAAAGCUGGAUGUGAUAAGUCCAUCUCAUGCCAGUCCUAUGAGACGAACCUUGAAAAUUAUGAGCUGAAAAUAUCUACCUGUGUCUAAAGCUCUACAUUUACCCAGGCGAUGGUAGAGUUGGACCUUCCCUUCCAGUCUCUUUCUUGUUGUCUUUCUCCUCCAAACCAAAUCGCCCCCGAAAAAGUUAAGCAUGGACUGAGAGGAAUGUUGAUGCAUUAAGGUUGGAAGCAAGCAACAUAGCGAACGCCAAAAGGGGAUAUAAUGAGAGAUUAUAUAGACAAACAUGCCAUACUGUGUUUUUUUCUGAAGAAGUAGAUUUCUCGCCGCCCCCCGCCUUGAUGUUGAGAUCCUCGCUGUUAUAUGAAUUUGCCCGGUUGAAGCCCCCCUUGAACGCCAGAUUGAUGCAAAAUGUUUGCAUGCUUGAAAGAAAUAUGUGAAGAAAAUUGGCAUGCCGUUGAGGCAGAUCCCUGUGUGGGUAUGUAAAGAUCCAGUUCCCUGUUUGUACUUUUCCUCCUUUUUCCCUUUUCCUUUUCCCUCUUCCCUUAUCUUUUGUUGAAACCAGUGUCCCCAGCUAGACCUGGCCGCGCUCGACUAAAGGGUUAUGUCCGAUGGAAGCACGACCUGCUCGUUAGGAAAGCACGUUUAGCGGUUGACGCCAAUCAAGCUCAAGAACUCGAGCCUCGUCUUCUCCCUCGACUCAAAGCACCCCAACACACAGCUGGUAAUGGUACUGCUCGUGGUCUUCUGAACGCCUCUCAUGACCAUGCACAAAUGGCUGCUCUCCAUGACGACCGCGACACCCUGCGGCUUGAGGAUUUCCAUAAUGGCAUUCGCCACCUCCUUGGUCAACCGCUCCUGGAUCUGCAGCCGGCGCGCAAACAGCUCCGCAAUCCGCGGCAGCUUGCUAAUGCCAAUCACCGCGUUGCUGGGGAUGUACCCGAUAUGCAUCUUGCCCGUGAAGGGAACCAGGUGGUGCUCGCACAUGGAAAAGACCUCAAUGUCCUUGACAAUCACCAUCUCGUUGUGGCCCUCCUGGAAGAUGGCCCCGUUGACAAUGUCGCGCACAUUCUCCUGGUAGCCCUUGGUCAGGAAGAGCAUGGCCUUGGCGUAGCGCUCGGGCGUGGCGAGGAGACCUUCGCGGUCCGGGUCCUCGCCGAUGCAUUCGAGCAGGGUCCGGACGGCGCCCUUCAUCUUGUCGAGGCGCUCCUGCUUUUGGGCUUCGGUUUCCUCCAGACGCUCGCGGGUGCCACGCGAAGGGCGACUUAGGCCGUCAAAGUCGAUGACGGGCGAAGGAGAGCGGGUCACGGAGGUGGAUGGGGAGACUUCUUCGGUGAUGGUGGAGGGGACGGCGGCGGCGGCGGUGGAGGAGGUGGUCUUUCUCUUCUUCUUCUUGGAGGGCGACUCUUCGGGCUUGUCCGAGGGGUCGCGGGCGGGCUUGCUGACGCUGGAUCGCCUCUCGCCGCUGGAGUGGGCGCGCUUCUUGCUGCUCUUCUUGUCCUUCUUGUUGUUGGUGCCGUUGGCGAUGGGGGGACUGACGGAGCCCGAGGGGCUGUCGGAGCCGUCGCGCGUCGUCUCUUGAGCCAUUGUGUAUGUAUGUGUAA